AUGGUAAGUCGUGCUUACGGGUCUUCUUCAGAUGCGCAGUACUUCCAGGCAAUAAAUUUGACCAACGACCGGGGUAUUGAAAGUCUCAAGGACGCCACCAUGUCGCUGUGGAAGGAGGACUUGAGGGCUUCUCGUCACUGGCUGGAACUUAGAAGUCCAGUGGAGACCAUGAUUUUAUUAGAGAGCGAAAUGCAAGACACCUCUGGGUCUAUUCACGUUUGUUGGAUUAGGACGCCACGAAUCGGUCAGCCCGCUUCUGCACCAACCCGCGUCAACACGAUGACGAAAGAGUAUGAAAAGUUCGCGCCAGGGCACGUUAUUGCUCGAACGGCGCGCAUAUACCCAGCAACUCUGGAGAUAGACAUGGCCAUUGAUGCGUUCUUCACUCCGCGUACCGAUUACGCGGAACUAGGGCUUCAGCCGUCUGUUAUUAACAUGGUGAAUCAUUCGCUAAUAUGCGUGGACCCUUCAUGA